UUAACAUUUUCAUUGUGAUUUUAAAGUGAUCAGUAAAAAUACUAUCGAAAUAUGGCGCAAACCAAACUUUAUCAACAGUUAAAAUAUUUACAUCUCAGGAACUUGCUUUUUGAAUCGAAUCCAUCAAAUGUAUACUACAUUAUAAGAAACGAGUCUACAAAAGUUAAGACAGCUAGCUCAGUGUACAGAACUAUGAAUAUAUUUGAUAGGAAAGCGAAGUUAUUACAAAGAGAACGGUCAGCCCAGAAUGACGAUUACCAUUUGGUUGAAUAUAUAAAGGAAGAGGUUGGAUGGAGAACUGCUGAUAGAGUUUUUGAUAUAAAGAGGACAUUUAGAAAUGCUGUGGAAUUGGGAGCAAGUAGAGGUUACGUAUCUCGCCAUUUCCUGCCUGACAAUGUUGAGAAAGUCACCCUGUGUGAUACUUCACAAACCCAUUUAGAUAAGGCAAUAGUUGGAGAUGGAGUGAAAGUGGAAAAAGUGGUUAUGGAUGAGGAAAAUAUAGAUUUUCCAGAUAACUCCAUUGAUCUGCUUGUGUCGUCACUGUCACUGCACUGGGUCAAUGACCUGCCAGGAUGUUUCGACAAGAUCAUGAAGUGCUUGAAACCAGACGGGGUGUUCAUGGCGACAGUAUUCGGUGGUGACACACUUAUGGAGCUGAGACAAUCGCUUCAGUUGGCCGAAAUGGAACGAUUAGGGGGAGUUUUCUCCCAUGUGUCCCCAUUCACGAGAAUCAGGGACAUAGGAGGACUGCUUACGGCGAGUGGUUUUACCUUGCAAACUGUGGACAUAGAUUCGCUUACCAUAUGGUACCCUAGUGCAUGGGAAGUGAUGAGAGAUGUGAGGAUACUUGGUGAAGGAAACGCGGCAUAUAAUAGACCGUUGCGUUUAAACAAAGAUGUACAGUUUGCCGCUGCCGCUAUUUAUGACGAAAUGUAUGGGAAGGAGGUGCCGGACAGGAAAUCGCGCGGUGUUCCCGCCACGUUUCAGAUGAUAAACUUCCUCGGAUGGAAACCAGACCCUUCACAGCCCAGACCCAUGGAGAGGGGUACCGGUGAGAUGUCACUCAAAGACUUGCACAGGAUCGACGAGGUCAUCAAGGACACAAACAAAGUGGAAUUGCGCGACGAGGAUAUGAAGUAAAUGAAUAUAGAGCCUAUUGUAUAGAUCACAAAAGCUAUUCUUCGAGACUGUACUCUACUAGUUAUAGCACAUGAUUUGUUCACAUACAGCUGCAAAUAUAGGAGUAGGGAAGACGGCUGCCUAUAUGUGUCGUGUAGGUUGGGUCGGUAUGUUCCCUAAAUUAAGUUGAUAAGCAAUGGCUGGCUCAUGCGUCUUGCUCGUGAACGGGUGAGUCUGCUCUGGACUAGAUACUUAAUUUCGUCCAUUUUUCUUUUUUAGACUGUUUAUUGAUUUGUCAAUGAAAUUGUCUCGGCAACCGGCAUUAUUAAUCAGUAAUCGAAAAACAUCUGUAUUGUUAUUUCUGAUAUUGUAAUGGAAAUUGGUUUCAUAGUCUAAUGAAGGCCAAUAAGACAGUGUGUGAAAUAAAACAGGGCUCAGGGAAAAGCCCCUAUCUUAAACCUCACCAUGUAUCACCAAGGGUGAGGGGGGGGGGGGGGAUUAAAAAAGUUAUUAAAUCAUCACUUGAUUAAUGGACGGCCCCCUACGAAGUGUUUCAGGAAAAGAAAUAACUAGCUGUCUUCCCGCGUAAUUUGUAGCCUAUGUCAUCAUUAAAUGAAAGAGUUUUUAAAACUGGUCGAGUACUUCCGGAGUGUUUUCAAUGCAAAAAAUAAAAUUAAUAAGUUUGAAGUUGGUCGUUACUAGCAUACUAAUAAUAAUGGUCCUAUGGCAUGAGUCAUAGCAUUCUUCCCUUCUAUCAAUCUCUAUUAAUCAAUGUAAAUAUGCUUCUAAUACGAAAGUCUUAACUGUUAUGAAAACUGGGAUUUGCUUUAGUACCAAGUUUAAAUCAUUAUACGACCAAAAUAAGUCGACACGUCUCAAUUUGAGGUUUGCUCUUUUGUCCUUGUCAACGCUGUCAAUGGUUUGAGCCAAUUACUUUAGUCUUCUUUUUAUAAUAAGAUGGAUUGAGUUUGUAUUGAAUCGUAAUCUUAUCUAACGCAAAUGAACAAACCCUUUGCAAUAGAAAAUUAUUGUUGCUGCGUAUAUAGAUGGCGCUGUGAAAUACAAUUUUUGAUGCUCGAUGCUAAUUCGAUUCUAACUCCUGUUGUGAGAGAAAUAUAUUUUUUCAUUGUUUUAUUUGGCUUAAAGAUCGGACACCCACAGUCAGUUGCACAAACGUCCAUUAAAAAAGACAUUAGUUUAAAGCGACAUUACCCAUAUAAUGUUGACAUUCAUUAGAGCUUAGAGGCGUCAUUAAAUCUUCAUGGGCGUUUGUGCAACUAACCACCAGAUUCACAAACGUCCAUUAAGCUUUAAUAACGACUUAAAGCUCUAAGGAAUGUUUUUAAUUUGACAUUUUGUAUUUGUAUAAAAAUGAAUCGCCAAAAUGUAUGUACGCGCAUAACUUCCUAACGAUUUGUAGAAAAUUUAAAAGUAUUAUUUGGACAAGGAUUGUAU